GGGGCCGAGUCACCCCUUCGCUCUUUACAUCAAAGAUAUGCUCGUUGCCCUCUCCAUUUUCGCCCUGUCGCUUUCUUUCCUUGUUUACCAGCGCCCACCCUCGACAUGGCUUGCCUUUAUCACUCGCCUCAGCCGACCAGGAACGAGCACGAUACCUGAUAAGUCGCAGAAUGGCAACAAAGAAGACCCCACCCCGGCCAGGGAGGAGCGCAUAGAGCUCAAGUCCCCAUCGAACCAUGAGGCAGUUGAUGGGAUUGACAAAAGCCCAUCGCUCGAGUCUACGCCAAAAGCUAUGCCGAAAUCAGACAAUAAUGCGCCUCCUGUGCCCUCCUUCACGCUCAACGAGCACGACAGUUCGGAUGAGGAGGAGGAAGACAAUCUGCCACCGCCUUCAUUUCCAGCUAUGAACUCGGCACAAAGAGCCUCUCAAGCGCCUCCUCAAUUUGCCAUGCCUCCACCUCAAAAGCCGACCCUUAUGGCGCCACCUCCCAAACCCACUACGUCUCUCAUGCCGCCACCGAGAGUCGCAGCCUCGAGUCUACGUCCCCUCCCCAGCUCCACGUCCUCACAAUCUAUGCGCGUACCCACCACCGGUCCUCUUCCGAACCGCGGACCGCUCCCGAAUCGAGGCCCGCCCACCUCAAACGGAGGUCUCGGAGUCCCACCAAGCGCAGGCCCCGCCAUCAAGACACCAAACGCACGGGGCAAAGUGCUCCUGUCGCCAGGUCACUCGCCGCUCGACUGGGCCCACCUGCAGAAAUCCGGCAAAAACCUGUCUGGCGUCGACUCCAUGAUUCGCGUUACACCGGCCAUGCUGAAGGAGAAGAAUGGGCGCAAGGGCAAAGAUGCAUGGUCGAGCUAUCAGGGAAAGGUGUACAACAUCUCGCCCUAUCUCCCGUUUCAUCCCGGUGGAGAAGGCGAGCUUCGUCGCGCGGCGGGUAAAGACGGGACGAAGUUGUUCAUGGAGGUGCAUCCGUGGGUUAAUUGGGAGAACAUGCUUGGCGAGUGCAUGGUGGGUAUUAUGGUUAGCGAGGAGCAGGUACCUAAGGCUGCAGAGGGUGAUCUAGAAGAUAUGGAUUGAUGUGUGAUACCCCCCUUAUUGUAGAAGGGAUGCAUUGCGUGGAGUUUUGUGGGUUCUCACAGUGUAAAGAGUAAAGGAAGACUAGCCGAAUGUAUUUCUUGUUCAUUCUUCGCUGAUAAACGCAGUAGUAGUCCUACAAAGCCGUGUUCAAGAAGAUGAGAGAGACAUAAAUCAUGUGAUAAUAUAGAACAAAAAUGUAUAUACAUAUUUACAUGUAAAAAAAAAGGUACACAGAUCCAAACGAAUCCAGC